GUUCAAAGCAGUUUUGUUGUAAGUUGCCAAUUUACAAGAAUUGUGGUCUAGAAAAAAAAAAAUGUUGAAUUUAUCUUUUUUAUUAAGUAGAAAAUAGAGAAUUGAAUUUGAUAAAUGGGCCAAGCCCAUUAAUAAUGUAAAAUGACAUAAACUAGCCGUUCGGCAUGGUAAUAUUUGGGCUUUGAGAGAGGAAGUAUGGGCCUUACUGCUCGGAAAAAUACGGGUUAGGUUUCCACAUUUGGCGGGAAACCACGAGAACACUGAGAGAUAGAGAGAGAGAGAGAGAGAGAGAGAGAGAGGAGGGAGAAUGGCGAACAAGCUAAUCAGCGAGAUUGGUUUGCCCAAGUCGAUCGCCAACAUCUUCGCAGCUCGUAACAUCGUCACUGCCAAGGAUGCCUUAUCUUUGACUGAAUUUCAGUUGAUGGAGUUGUUAGAUGUGGGGUGGGCAGAAGUCACGUCUGCAGUAGCACACAUCAGUGCAAUUGUGUGUCCACCAUAUCAAAGUGCAUUAUCACUAAUGGAGCAGCGGGUUAAAAAUGAGCACUUGGCUGGCCAUCUUCCUACAGGCCUGAAAGGAUUAGAUGAAGCCUUAUGUGGUGGGAUACCAUUUGGUGUUUUGACAGAGUUGGUUGGUCCAGCAGGAAUUGGCAAAACACAAUUUUGCUUAAAGCUCUCUUUAUUGGCGUCGCUACCUUCAAGUUAUGGAGGCUUGGACGGCCAUGUAAUAUAUAUUGAUGUAGAAUCCAAAUUUAGUUCAAGAAGGUUGAUAGAAAUUGGAACGAAAAGUUUCCCAGAAAUAUUUCUCAUGAAAGGAAUGGCCCAGAAAAUGAGUGGCAGGAUCCUUGUUUGGCGUCCAGCAUCACUUUCUGAGUUCACUGAGAGACUGCAACAAAUCAAGGUUUCACUCCACCAGAAUGAAGUGAAGUUACUAGUCAUUGAUAGCAUGGCUGCUCUUGUCUCAGGGGAAUGUGAGCAGGGGAUUCCUAGACAACAUCCAUUGGGUUGGCAUGUUUCUUUCAUCAAGUCACUUGCUGAAUUUUCACGAAUGCCUAUUGUGGUGACAAAUCAAGUGAGGUCUCAAAGCUCUGAUGAGGCCUGCCAGUUUUCUUUUCAAGUGCAGAGAUGGAAGGAAACCAAAGAGGAUCAUGCAAGAUACGGUUCUCAUCUUGUUGCUGCUUUGGGAGUUCACUGGGCUCAUGCUGUAACAAUCCGUCUUGUUCUAGAGGCUAAAUCAGGUCAAAGGUUCCUUAAGGUGUCAAAAUCUCCAAUAUCAGCACCUCUGGCUUUUCCUUUUGACAUAACUGCAUCAGGAAUGUCAUUGUUAAGCGAUGAUGGGAUAGAGCUGACGGGGCCAGAUAUAAACGCAAUUCACAGUCAAGGCCACAGUGACAUUAUCAAUUUUAAUGGGGAAAGCUUGCAGUGAACAAUCAGAAUGGAAUCUGCAUGUAGUAGGAAUGUUUGUUGGCAAAGGUAAAACACUAUGUAACAGUUACAGUGACUCAUUUUGAACCAUCUUUUUGGGUUUAACUCUGAACUGAAACUGAAUGAUCUUUAACAACUUCGCUAUUUUAGCUUCA